AUGCUCGGCCGAUCUGACAACUGCUUGACCUCCUCCCGUGCCCGGUAUCAAUGUCUACAACUCGGGGGUCCUCGGACGGAGAAGAUCCUCGAGACGCUAGCUGACGAGAAGGCCGCGCAAGAAGCGCUGCAGGAAUCAGAGGUAGCCAAAAGGGUUGCCAUUGAGGCAGAUGUGGCCAGGAAGAUGGAGGAGCACCACCGGGCCAGGGCUGUUCAGAGAGGAGAAGCGCGCCAACAGCUGCAUAAAAAGGCACAAGCUCAGCUCCAAGCAGCAAAAGCGGCAAGAAGGGCAGCAGCCGAGAGGUCAAACUUGCUGGUGAGAGAUGCCGAGCCAGCUCUGAAAGAGGUUGUGCGAAUGAAGGACGAAGCUCACGCGCAAAGGGUGGAGUGCGUGCUUCAGCUGAAGGCAGACACUGAGGCAGCGGCGGCUUUGAUACGCGGUGCAAAUGAGAGAAAUGCCGCGGAGAAGCUGCGGGAGGAGGCGGCGCAUGAGGCGGAGAAGGAAAUUUUAGCCGCCAAAGGCCUCAACCCUUACAAGGUGUUCAAACAACGAGCGGUGGACGCUCGGGCGGUGCGCGAGGAAAAGAGGCGGGACAAAAAAAUCCUACUGAGAAAGGAGGUGAAUCGUGAACUGGAAGACCGGCUCAAGAAAGAGGAGGCCCUGCGGAUCAAGCACGAUGCCAAAGUUAGAUCGGAUAGGGAUCAGGAGCAGAGAAUGAGGGAUGAGCUUGGGAGGCACGUCGUGGACGCUCGGAACCGCGAGUACCUUCGAGCGAGAACGAUCGACGGCAUGGACAUAUUGGACCCAUCAGGAAGAAGCUUCCGCGUUGAGGCCAGCCAGGUGACAACUAUAAAGGACGCAGCGUUCGGGUUGGGCUACCAUCCCCGGAAGACUCCAGCAAUGGCGGCGGCAGUGGUGGAUCUUGUAGCGUCAAAGCCGCAACAUGCAGGCAAGCAGAGGCCCGGAGAAUUUGCGAGGUUAAUACCGCGGGAUCCGACUGACGUCGGUAGGGCAACAGGAAAUGAAUCCUCGGACCAGGACGUCGGCGGAAGGAGAGCGCCCUCGAAUACGACAACGGGAAGUAACCAACCCCAGCACCAACCUCAGCAGAAGCAGCAACAGCAGCAGCAGCAGCUACUGGAAGAUCUCGUUCCUCCAGCAGACAGAAAGAGGCUACCGGGAACUGGUAUUCCUUUCGUCGUGGAAGGGGAAGAGGUCGGAGAGACCGAUGACGUGCACGGUAGCAAAGGGAGGGAUGCUACAGCUAGCGGUAGUGGCAGGGGCAGAGGAGCGGGGCGAAACCUAAGUGUGCUUGAAGCGCGGUCGCUGCAGAAGGCCAGGGCGCAGCAAAGGGAUAGAAUGGACGCUGGAGAGCCUCAGGUAGCGGCCGGGAGAACCUUCAAAGACAGACCCUCGUUCGUGGCCAAGCCAGACCAAGUCAUCUUCAAAGACUUCGUGGUGGGAAAGGACGCCUUCAAUGACGCAGAUAGUGACCCUGAGUCUGGCAUCAACCACCGACCAUCAGCCCUCCCAAUUUCGUUAUCGUUUUGCAUCAUCCAAUCGUGGGCCUUCGUAAUCGGCCGUGAGAAGGUGCACAAAAGGCGAAUCGUGCUGACCAACGUGAGUCUGACGUUCAACACCCUCAAAGUGCUGGGGAUGUCGGACGAGGUCAACAGAUUCUUCGAGGUGACGUACGCGAAGCCAGGGCGAUUGUCGGCCGGAAUGACGUGCGCAGUCGACAUUGCCUUCACGCCGAAGGUGGAAGAAGACAUAUUCACGGAACUGCCCCUUCGGACCCAGACAGGGCCCCUCUCCAUUCCGGUGGAGUGCACGGCCAGGAGAGUUAAGCCGAAGCUGUCCACUACCCUUAUCGUGUUCCAAGGCACGGUUGUAGGGGAGAAGGAGACCGCGCGCGUGGGGAUUUCCAACGAAGGCGUACUGAACUCCCGCUUCACGGUGAAAACAGAAGGUUCUUCCACGGAGGCGUUGACUUCUGCGGCCGUCGGGCACCUGUGCGGCGUGCCACCCGUCCAACACAACGGAGAACGGAUUGAUGCCACGAGCGGUGACUGUGAACCGACUCCUGAUGUGCGGGCAGCAGGCGCCCCAGUAGUCGAUCCCCGAUCCGAUGAAAAAUCAAGAGAGGCGGCAUUGCUCGCGAAGGCGUCUGCUGUCGGGGAUGCGGGGAUGAAAUAUCCGGAGGGACGAGGAGCGAUAGAGGUAGUGGCAGAGACUGGGGAGCUGGUGGGGUAUGGGUCGGCCGAGAUCGCGAUCGUCUUUGCGCCGCUCACUGUCGGAGACUUCCAGGUGGCGAAGGUAGGUGGUUUUGCUGAACCAGCCAAGUUCAAAUACGCGGCUUCCCUUCUUCUGGUAGACGUGAAGGAUGGUUUGGACGCCGUGUAUUACGACAUGCCCGACACUCCCUCAACCCACGACCACUCUCCGCUGCCAUCCCUUGUUGUACGGCCGGACCUACCGACCGACGACGACAACAAGAUUCGAAUCUGCAACAGGGGGAAGAUAGCAAUGAAAGCUGUUGCUCGGGUGCCCCCGUCCUUGCGCGGCUGCACCAGCUUCAGCCCAGACAUGGGCUUCGUUCAACCGGGGUCGUUCUUCGAGUUCGGCCUCCGCUUCCGCCCGGACCCAGAAAGCCUCGCACGGUGCGUACGAGACGGGUGGGGCAUCCUCGCAACACCGCACUCUGAGAACAGCAGCAGCGACAAGGCUCUGAGCCUCGAACGCAAUUCCACUGUCGCUCCUGGUAGCAAGCAGCAACUGCUGCAGCAGCAGGGGCAUCGAGGGUCACGAAAGCCGGGCGUAGUCACCGACCGCGAUGCGGAAUCUUCCACGGAAGGAAGCUGGGACUCGUGUGCUAAGACGGCUGACGCCGGCGGUAUUAUCGCCAUCCCCUUGAGAUUUGACGUACCCGGACAGGCGCUACCGGCCAGGGCUGUGCUGCAGGCUAGGCUGACGGGUUCCAAGGUGGAAGUGGGUUGCGGAGACGGAGAGCGCGGAGAGGGAGAGGGCGGGGGUGGUGGGAGUGAGGCUGUGGUGAACUUCGGGCAGUGCUUCGUGGGGCAGAGCGUUACAAGGAGAGUUUCGCUGAGGAACACCAGCCUUCUUGCGGCAAAGUUCGGUUUUAUUGGCAACCCCGCCGAGGUGUGUUUUCGCCAAGGGUGCCUCGGUUUUGGCGUGGACCCGGUGAUUAAGCUGAGCCACACGGUCCUCAGCCUGGCGCCGGCAUGCUCGGGAGAUACCGUGACUGCCAGCAUCUUCGUCAACAACGUAUCUGCGGUGGAGCAGAAUCUGGAGUUCUGCGUCCCAGAGCCGGAGAUCUCCUUCCUCAAGAUCUGCCCGAGCGUCAUGCGUCUCUUCCCGAAGGAGGGGGCUCGAAUAGAGGUAUCCUUCUGCCCGCCACGUGUUCUCCCCUAUGCGGAGGCCUUAGAUGCAGCUGAAAAAAAGGAAGGCACAACUAUCGAGGAAAAGAAGCAAGAAGAAGAACAGCAAAUUGACGCCGGGGCGCAGAAGCAAGGGCCCGGCGGCAAAGAUGCCAAAACGAAAGGACCAGACAGCAAGUCCCCAGCUGCGCAAGCGGCAACGCAGAAAGCAAUAGGCUCUUCUGCCCCGACAGCAAACAACGAUGAAGAGCUGGAACAGAAGUUGGACGGAGAGGACAACGCCAAUGACGCCGUCGCGGCAGUCGCCGAUGUUGUGAAUACCGCCCACGAGGUCCCUCCUUACGCCGGAGCUGUGGACGAAGGCGGAAGCAGGAACGAUGAGGGGGGGCACGAGGGAGGACAAGAGGAGGAGCCGUGGAGCCGGCACGGACGUUGGCGGGUGCCUUGUUUCCUGAAGAGAACGAGAGGCCACAGCGCUGGCGGUGCCACAGGGGACACAGGGAAAGCUUAUCUUCCACCGCUAGCAUUGGAGGUGAAAGACUGCGAUAAAAUUAUCCUAGUGACAGAGGGUCGGCAAAGUGUCGUCGCCGAUUGCAUUCGCUUCGAAGAGUCGAGGGAGCAUGGGUCGCGCGCCUAG